CAUGCCUGUCCAGUAAAAACAUGGCGGUUUAAUGGAGGCAGAUUGUACAUUCCGGUGAACUGAAUAUCCACAAACACGGCGGACGGCGUUCGCAGCUCACCGGCCACGAUAGAACAACCACCGGGCGCGCGUGUCGGUAAUGUCCCCGCGGAUAAAGUGAUAAUUUACAGCGACGUUCCCGGAAGCAGCGUUUGGGAUUCGAUACUGUGUGACCCGAGCCUGGCUUCCCGGACUCGGUGCAACGUUUUUAAGCCUUCGCCACUGGGAGAGAGAGCCCCGCUAUCACGGCAGUAGCAAAAACGGACUGAGAAGAAACUUGGUCCACACAUGAGGAGACAUCUGACGAGGUAGCACAGGAAACCCAGAGGUCAUGGAUCCGUCUGACUCUGGACAAGACCAUAGCAUGAUAUAUAAUGUCGCUCCUACAGGGGAAGAGAAGCCACUGGAGGAACACAAGUGUCUACCACCCAGCUCUAGAGGACGACAACGGAGGAGCAAUCCCAAAUUUUCAGAUUACGAGACUGAAAAAUCACCAAAAGGGAGCCCAAGGAAAGGGAGGACACCCUCUCAAAGGGCUUUGGCUAAGAAUAAAGAAGGUGGAGACAACCAAGCAAUGGACAAAAUGGCUCCUGAAUGUGGGAUGACACCCGUAAAGGAGACUCCUAAAAAAGCGAAGAAGACUCCAUCAAAAAAGACUCCCGCAAAAAAGACUCCUGCAAAAAAGACUCCCGCCAAAAAAACUCACACCCCAAAAUCUCCCAGCGCUGACAACGGCCCCCUCCCGACUGUAGAGGGCGGAGUUGUGGAUGCUGUGCAUCAGGAAAAUGGGACACCAAAGCCAAAGAGGAAAUAUGUGAAAAAGCAGAAACCACCGCCAGUCGUAGAAUCACCGGGAGAUAAACCUGAGGAGGAGGAGGAGGUGGAGCCAGGAGGACGUCGCAGGAGAGGAGCAGCAAAAAUGGCGUUAAAGUAUCUCCAGACUCUGGCCAAGGAGGUGUUCAAUCAUCCCCAUGAAGACACUGACCCGAGAUCCAACAAUAAAGAGGGGAAAACUCCCAAAGGAAACAAAGGACGUAGAGGGAAGAAGAGGAAAUUUUCUGACGUGAACAGUGAUUCUGAAAACGAUGACGACUUUGUGCCGGGGGUCGAGGACGACGACGCCGAGGAGUUGGAAGACGACGAAGAGCCGGACGACUUGGACCUGGACGUGGAUAUGGGCAGAGGCUUUCUCAGGAAGCAAUGCAAAAGUCCGGCCUCAAAAACUAAUGGUCGCAAGGGCCUCGUACUGAACAUCAAGACACUUGUCCUGGACUUUGUUGAGACGACCAAGAAAUUCCGUGAGGAUUAUUUCAGCAACUGGACGUUUCCAGACUGGAUCCCCUCCACCAACAAGUGGAACCUCGUACCACAAAAUGAUUUGGAGAAAUAUCUGCCUCAGGAGCUUCAUUCAGCUGCUUUCAAAGUGUCCAGAGAAGGACUCGGUCGGGAGGAGACGCCUCUGCAAAGUCUCAACAGGUUUGAAGCAGUGUCCGCUCACCCGGGACGCUGGGAUAUGUCGCUGUACACGGGGGGACCGGUUUGGUCCAUGGAGUGGUGUCCAACACCCGACGGCACUCCGGCCACGCAGUACAUCGCUCUGGCCUGUCAUCGAGGCAUGGACGACCGGCAUUACGUCCACAAGAUGUACGGUGGACCUGGACUCGUUCAGCUGUGGGAUGUGGGGACGCUGGAGUACAACCGCUGCCCGGACUCUCGGCCUUUUCUGGCUUACGGUUUAGCUCAGGACAAAGGAUUCAUCUGGAUUCUGAAGUGGUGUCCUGCAGGAGGAUGGGAGCUCCCGAGCCGCAGCAGACAGGCUCCUUUCCUGCCCAGACUUGGUCUCCUGGCAGUUGCCACCUCCAGCGGUGUGGUCACCAUCUACAGCUUGCCCCACCCUGAUGCUCUGCACGCCAGCAAGGAGCUCCACGACUCUGGAGAAACCAACCAGCAGUUGCCGAUAUUUAAGGCAGAAGGAGUCGUGACUCUGAAGCUGGGCUCGUUGAAAAAACCCCGCCUCGACAGAAGUGGACAAGUCCUGUCUCUGGACUGGGUGCCUGAAAAACCACACAAUAUAAUAGCUAUUGGAUUCUAUGAUGGAACAAUAGGUUUUUGGGAUCUGUCCACAAAAUCAUCGUUGUUACAAGUGCGAGAGUCCGACAGAUCGCUGACUCUGCUGCCCUACCGAUGCUUAUUCGCUCAUGACCAAGGUGUCCGGAGCCUUGCCUUUUGUCCCGCCUCCAGAUCCCUGAUGGUGACGGCGGGUGAGGACCGUCUCGUGAAGUUGUGGGACCUGAGGAGGCCCGACGCUCCCAUCACUGUUCAGAAACGACAUGUGACCAAUGAAAUCUGUUGGCCCCUGAACGCACCGGGAAUGAUGAUGGCCCAGGACAUGGCCUACAUAGCGAAGGGUUCACAAGGUCUCCAUUACUUUGACCAUCAUCUGAACUCCUUUUUUGCAAUUCCUAGGACUGGCACAGUCUGGUCUCUGUCGUACAGCGAUUGGUUGAACUGCGUGGUGACGGCUGACAGCCUCGGCGAGGUGAUCUUAGCGCUUUUACCUCAGACCAGCUUCUCUCCUCCUCCGUACCACAAACGCACAGCAGAUAAACGAAUUCCCAUCUAUGUCACGUCUCUGGUGCCUAACGGUACCACAGAAGAAGAAGAAAAUGAAGCAGUAGAAGGAGGAGAAGGUGGCGAGGAGGAAGAGGAGGAAGUGGCUGCUGAAGAGCAGGAAGCAGGAGAACGUGACACUGGAUCUGAAGGAGUGGAUGAGAACGGUACUGAAAACAGAAGAGGAGGACGAGGAAUAGGCCAGAACAACAAAUGUCCUCCUCUGCGUUUCCAGACGUUCAGAGAGGCCGUGAAGAAAUACUGUCUUCACCACACAGACACUGACAUGCACACGUUUAAAGGAUACGACAAGCGAGCGACGUGGAAACGCAUGAAAAACACAGAAGUGAAGGCCAAGUUGAACCUGGACGACAUGACACUGGCUGCUGUACACAAGGUUCGCUUCAACCCAAACCUGCGCUGCCACGUGUGGCUGGCGACGGGAGGACAGACGGGCGUCGUGCGACUCAACUGUCUGAAGUUACUGCUCGGCGAUCGCAUCAAAGAAGUGAUCGGCAGGAGCCAUGCCCAUUUCAGUGCUCUCCACAAGCCCAAAGACCAGCAGGAGACUCCGGAGGAGACUCCGGCACAGACUCCACCAGAGCCGCUAUAGCACGAGUCCAGAACUUGAACCAGAACCUGAAGGAAUGUGAUCUAUAUCUGACCCGAAAGUAGAUGAUAGUCGCCGCCACCAUGACGCCGACGCUCUGCAGCAGGUCGCCGACCACGUGGAUGAAGGCGGCACGGAUGCUCGUGUUGCCGUGGCCACCGCCGAGGAGUGUGUGGCCGUGGCUGUGGGCAAUGGGACUCUGGCCGUCCUCGUCGAUGUGCUGGUAGCCGCUGCCGUGAGUGUGGAGCAUGGUCGAGUGAUGGAGGACGUACGCCAUGCUACGGAAGACAUUCAAGGUCACUUGAAAAGAGAUAUAUAUGGUAGUCCAAUCCACAAAGACUAGAUGAGACGUACAUUAUGUCAGGAAAUGUAGCAUUUAAAUCAUAAAACAAUGGUGAUGUGUCAGCAGAGACCCAGUUGUACCUGUUGAAGCGAAAGAUUUAUGGCAAACCACAGACACUAAUGAAACUCUUUAAAACCCAUUAAUGCCCAUUACGCUCUCAUACAGGCACUCACAUAAUGUUCACGAUGACGGCACAGCCGGAGGUGGCUAACAUUACGUGGCCUUCGAUCUCGUAGUCGUUAGAUACGAUCCUUUCGACGGCCAGAUAGACCAGAGCCCCUGUGACGAUCCAGAUGGAUAUGACAGAGAUGAACGCCCCAAGGAUUUCUGUAGAGAGACACGAGACAUUUAAACUUGCCGUCCUCCAGGAGGACAGGUCGCAUCCCGUCUGUCUUAAUACUGCAACAGGAAGUUAAGUUAAAGAACUGACCACAUUAUGUUUUGACAAAAGAGAUGUUUACUCACAGCUGUGGAUUCAACAUAGUUUUACAUGACGCUCAUUCCGAAAAGUUAGUUAAGGGAAACCCAAUCUGUACCAGGAACCAGAUUUGCGCUACGAGAGUGCAAAGUUUGGCUACUUCCUGUUGACAUAUUUGGGGAUUUUAAAUAAAAUAUUGUUAUACAUAUAUAUGUAUAGUUUUAGUAGUCAUUCUUAUAAAGUAAAGGUUGGGGUUUAAUGGUUUUCUUAUGCCGCCAUAAAACAAUAGUGCUAACAGGAAGUAGCCUCAUUUUAGCAAA